AUGUCUCGAGUCGAUACCCCAGACGGAAACCCCGCAGCGAAUGGAUCAGCCGAUCGGACGCCUCCAGUUCAUUUGUUCGUGAAGCAUGAUCUUGAACCCUACAAGGGCGAGAUCGUCGAUGCCUGGAAACGUGGAGAAACGAUUGAUAACAUCGUGAAGUUCCUCGCGACCAAAGGCAUCAAGAUUAGCAGGUCGACUUUCCAGCGUCGAAUCACACUAUGGGGGAUAACUCGUCGCUACAAGAACAGCGUCCGUCUCGAACUCAUCCGCCGUACGAAUACAGCCGCCCAAGCAGGAGAUCCCAGACUCGGACGAUUCCUCUUCAUCUCCAUCUUCAUCAAGUACACCGACUGCCGAAUCAUCACCAAGUAG